AUGAGUGCCUACACUCUCGCCGACAUCUGCGGCGCGCCUUACACCGGUGGGCGCAUAUGCUUCAGCCCUGAUGGCGGCUGCAUUUUGGCCCCCGUGGGCAACCGUAUCACGGUGUACGACCUGCAAACGAGCAAAAGCACCACGUUAUCAUCGCAAACACGGUCCGACAUUGCCAUUGUGUCGUACCAUCCGACUCUGCCUCUGGCGAUCCUCAUCGACUGCCACGGCUACGGGUACAUUUUAAAUUUACUACGAGAUCGCAUCCUGCAUCGUCUGCAGUUCAAGUCGUCGAGCACCGUCGCCACGGCGAAGAACAAGGCGUCGAUAUUGCCCGCGAACGAAUCGCAACGCCUGGUGCGUGACGCGGCCUUCAGCCCUGACGCCAGGUUCUUCGCGGUCGCCGUGGGCCGUAAACUGUGCAUCUGGAGGGCCCCGGAGGAGCACCUGUCGUGGCGCAUGACGCUGCACCGCGAGUUGACUGGCCACAUGGAUGCCAUCUCCAGCAUCGACUGGUCUAGCGACUCGCGGUUCAUCUGCACUGCGUCCGCAGACAUGACAGUCCGUCUGUGGUCCGUGAACCCCAUCGAGGGUUUCGUUCCGUGCGCGUUCGUGGACCACCGUCGGUCGGUGAAGGGCGCGUUUUUCUCGCGCGACAUGGGCCGGAUAUUCGCGGUGUCGAAGGAGGGCGUGAUAAUCGUGUGGAAGGCCGCUGACGAAGGCAGCCCCGAGAACGCGAACGCCGCCAAGCCCAUCGGCCGCAACAAGGCUAGGGCCCGUAAGGCCUCUGCGGAGGGCGGCGCGGAAGCCGCCGCCACUAGCGGCGCUGCCGUCGACAUAGCCACGGCAGUGUGGGUCAAGGAGACCCAAGCGUACUGCAACCAAGCUAAGAACACAGUGGUGUCCCGCGUUUCCUUCAACAAGAACACCAACCUCGUGGUGAUCGGUUUCACCGGCGGUCUGUUCGGCCUGUACAAGUUCCCGACGCUGGACUCGAUAUACACUCUGCGGAUCGGCAACGAGCUCCCCGUGGUGGACUCGGUCGACGUGUCCACCGACGGUGAUUGGCUGGGUUUGGCAUGCUCCGAGACCGGGACCAUCGUCGUGUGGGAGUGGAAGAGCGAGACCUUCGUGAUGAAGCAGCAGGGCCACCACAGCGGCGUGCGGUGCGUGGCCUUCUCCACUGGCGGCGGUGACGCCAUAAAGCUGGGCGGGGUCGUGGACAAGGAGCUGCGAACGGACGUCGACCAGAACUAUUCCGGCAACAACCUCGGCCUAGGUAGCCGCUACGUCGUCGCCACCGGCGGUUUUGAUGGGAAGGUGAAGUUGUGGGACAGCAACAGCGGCCUGUGUUUCGUGACAUUCGAUGAGCACACGGCGUCCGUCGAGGCCGUCUGCUUCACCCCGCAGGCCAACGCCGUCAUAACAGCGUCCCUGGACGGCACCGUCCGCGCGUUCGACCUGCUGCGUUACCGGAACUUCCGCACCCUCACGGCGUCGAGGGUGCAGUUCAUCUCCGUGGCGUGCGACUCGUCAGGCAGCAUAGUGUGCGCGGGAUCGCGCGGCGACGCGAACUCCGUGUUCAUCUGGAGCCUGCAGAGCGGCAAGCUGCUGGACGAGUUGCACGGGCACAGCUCCGCGGUGACCAGCGUGGCAUUCCACCCGAGCCUGGCCUUCUCCGGCUUCUUGGUGUCUGCGUCGUGGGACAAAUUCAUCAACGUCUGGAACAUCUACGGGCGAGCUGACAAGGGAGGUGCCACGGAGCCCCUGCUCAACUCGUCCAGCGUGGUGGCCAUCGCGUUCGACCCGCGUGACAACAACAUCCUGGCCGCUGCCGUUUUGUGCGGCAACAUCUUGUUCUGGGAUCUGGACAACAGCGAGCAAAUCGGCAGCAUCGACGGUCUCCGCGACCUGCAGACCGGGCGGGACCCUACGGAGUUCUUCGCCGCUAACAACAGCCGUGGCGUGCGUGGUCACAAGGGCGACUUACAGGCGGGUCUGAAUCGCAACCAGCACUUCAACUCGAUCGCUUACGCGUCGAGCGGGCGUAUGCUGAUCGCCGGUUCGCGCAACUCUGCGCACGUGUGCGUGUACAACACGGAAUCGUACUCGCUGCUGUACUCGCUGACGCUGACCCGUAACCGCUCGUUCACCGGCAUAAACCGCGAGCUGAAUUCGCGCUACAUGACCGAGUACGGUAGUUCGCUACAGGAGUGGGACCUUUCUGAUGACGAGGAGGUUGCGGAGGGCGCCGCCGAGCGCCGUCGCAUCCAGUCCCACUACGCGCUUCCCGGCGUGCAGCAGGGCGAGCUGAGCCGUAAAUCGCGCCGUUUCCACGUGUGGUGCGUGUCGUGCGCCCCUGACGGCAGGCAGUUCGCCGCGGCCACGUCGCACGGCCUGUACGUGUACUCCGUGGACGCGUACAUCAAGACUCCAAACUACGUGAACGAGGUGCUGAAGUCGGUGGGAUCUUUCCAGCCGCAGCUGCUGACGAAGAACGUGACCACUGGCAACGUGCUAUCUGCGCUGGAGGCCGGCGAGUACAGCCGCGCGUUCGUCCUAGCGCUUGCGCUGAACGACUUCAACACGCUGCUGCGGUGCUACGAGAGCGUGCCAAUCGGCUCUAUCGGCCAGGUGGUGGCUUCAGUGGCCCCGGAGUUCGUCUGCGUCUGCCUGAACUUCAUUCGCGCCGUGCUGAGCCCGGACUCCCCCUGUGGGACUGUGCACUUGCAGUGGCACCUGCUGUGGCUGGAGGAGAUCUUCAGCAUCCACAUGCACACCCUCGGCGGCCUGGACGGUUCCGGCGGCGCGAAGAGCAUCGCCCCCGUGGGCCAGAUGGACAUGCGGACGAUGCUGCUGCUGCUGCUGCGCCAACUGCGUCAGACCAAGGCGACGGUCUCGGGAGUGCUGAGCUCUAACGCGCACACCGUGGGUUACCUGGCGUCGCUCGCCGGACGCAACAUCGAUUGA